AUGAACGUGUCCUAUCGCUGCCACGCAUCCCCCUGGGUGGAAAAUGGCUCCUCUGCGACCAUGGGCAGCAUGCUAUUCGGCGCCGGGCUGCUGGGCAACCUGCUGGCGUUGGUGCUUCUGGUGCGCUCGGGCCUGGGGUCCUGCGGACCACGGCCGCUGCGCCCGCAACCUUCGGUCUUCUACGUACUAGUGUGUGGUUUGACAGUCACCGACUUGCUGGGCAAGUGUCUGGUCAGCCCGGUGGUUCUGGCUGCCUACGCGCAAAACCGGAGCCUACAGGAACUGCUGCCUACAGCGGGCAAUCAGUUAUGUCAAGCCUUUGCGUUCAUCAUGUCCUUCUUUGGGCUAGCCUCGACGUUACAGCUGCUGGCUAUGGCGCUGGAGUGCUGGCUAUCUCUGGGACACCCCUUCUUCUACCAAAGGCACAUCACCCUGCGCCGGGGAGUGCUAGUGGCGCCAUUAGUGGGAGCCUUCUGCUUGGCUUUCUGCGCACUUCCCUUUGCCGGCUUUGGGAAGUUUGUGCAGUACUGCCCUGGCACCUGGUGCUUCAUCCAGAUGGUCCACGAGAAGCGCUCGCUAUCGGUUCUCGGUUUCUCUGUGCUCUACUCCAGCCUCAUGGCGCUACUGGUCCUUGCUACCGUGCUGUGCAACCUGGGCGCCAUGCACAACCUCUAUACGAUGCACCGGCGCCUGAAGCGCCACCCUCGCUGCUGCCUGAGAGACCGCACCCAGCCAGGCUCCAGUCAAGGUCUGGGGUCCCUGCAUCCCCUGGAGGAGUUGGACCACCUCCUGCUGCUGGCUCUGAUGACAGUGCUGUUCACUAUGUGUUCCCUACCUUUCAUUUAUCGUGCUUAUUAUGGAGCCUUUAAACUUGUCCACAAAACUGAAGGAGACUCAGAAGACCUCCGGGCCCUGCGUUUUCUGUCUGUGAUUUCAAUCGUGGACCCCUGGAUUUUCAUCAUUUUCAGAACUUCAGUAUUCCGGAUGUUAUUUCACAAGAUUUUUGUAAGACCUCUGAGCUACAGAAACUGGCACAGCCAUUCCUGCCAAAAAUCCAAGAUGGAGUCAUCUUUGUGAGGGCUCUGCAGCUCUGAUGCUGUUCAGAGAAGUGAGUCGGGAAACCAGAACAGGCCAGGCAUUUGGGGAGACCUCAGGGAGCUCACUGGCCUCCGGUGAAGAUGGACAACUCUUGUGAAGUAUGUAUGAGGCAAGAUGUAACUAAAACCCACACAACUCAAAAUGGAGAAAAGAAAACUGAUCUUCUGAAGUCUGGUCUCUUGUGGAUGGAGGCAGAGAUGUCAGUGGGAAUCGAUAAUGUAGGUGUUGACUCUAAAUUUUUCAAUUCAUGAAAACUCAGUGACGGAUUCUUUGGAGGAAAGGAUCCAUUUCUUGGGAAAACUCUGGAAUGUGACUUACCAGAGAGCUAUAUUAUUUACCAUUUCAGCUGUGUGAACUCACAGGGCAUUUAGCACUGUAAGAGGCCCACUCAGGACUAAGCCUCUGUGGAGAGUUGGCGAUGGACCUUACACUUGCCUAUUACAGCUUCAUUCUGUUUGUAGAGACAAUGAGAUGAGGCUCCUAUGUGUAGCGCUUGCAGAACCAGAGCAAAGCACAGCCCAGAACACGAUGGAACACUUUGAUUACACAUGAGUUUACACAGGUCAGCAACACUAUGGCCGAAAGAGAAAGUGGGGGAUGUCCCUGCAGUAGGAUUGAAGCUUCUAAGUCCAGUUCACAACAAGAACUUCCACUUCGGUAACAUAGAGAGUUUUCACAUCCCUGUGCAUCCUGAACACUCCGACUCUGAGACGGUCUCAAGGCCUCCAGCGGCAGUCCCUUCCAGAGACAAGAGGAGCUUGCAUCUUUCCAGCUCAGCAGAAAACCCCCUCUUCUCGCCUCUGGUUUUUAUGAGAUCUCAGAGAUGAUAUGACUG